AUGGGGAACUACAACUCCCGAAAGAAAACCAAGGCUCCCAAGCAGAGAUGGAAGGAGAAACCCCUAGACAUGGAAAAGGACAAGAAGUCCUUCUUUGGCCACUUGAAGAGAAAGUCAAGUCCCAAGAUUGUGCUGCUCCUGCCCUUGGACAAGAUGAACCAACUGGCAGAGACCAAUAUGGCCCCUGGAUUCGGGGCUAGGAGGCCCGAGGAUGAGGCUGGGGCAACACCAGCAGCCUCCUCACUGAGAGGUGCAGGUGAUGGGAUGGAUCGCCGGGAGGGCUCUUGGGCUCGGGAGAUGAAGAAGAUUUUGGUAUUCCUGCUGCUACUGGAUACCCACCUCCGAUGGUGGGGAGCGGAUGGUAGUACCAAGUGGGCCCAGGCCUGGCAGCACCAUCUGCUGGCUGAGAAUGAGGCUGAGGGUGAGGUGGAGGACCAGCUGCAUCCACAGAGGUGCUGGCACCUGAGCCACUCCCAGUGCUGA